GCCUACGUUGAGAUGAGAGUUAUCUUGGCUCAGGUCAUUUGGAACUUUGAUCUCCGUCUCGCUGAGGAAAGUCACGACUGGCUUGAACGACAGAAGAUAUACAUUCUCUGGGACAAAGGACCGUUGAUGGUUAACCUCGUCCCUAUGAAGCGGGUUUGA